AUGCCAUACCUUGAUUCUCUGGAAUUGACGCCGGCGGGUGCUCAAGCAGGCCAGCUGUUCAUCCGCGACUUCAAAGAGAGUAUCACACCCAACGUUACGCAGAGGAAUACCCUAAUCAUUGCUGGGAUAUAUAUUAUUGCUAUUGCUAUUCUAUGGCAUGUGCCAUACUUGAAGGAAAUCUUAUACCCAUUCAAACUUCUUACAGUUGGAUUCCACGAAAUGAGCCACGCCUUCGUAGGCGUUCUGACCUGCGCACACAUCCACUCCAUAGAAUUAGAUCCGGAUGAAGGAGGCUCUACGGCAAUGUCAGGCGGAAUCCCAUGGUUGACUCUUCCAGCAGGAUACCUAGGAUCUUCAUUCAUCGGUGCAUGCUUGAUUGCGUGCGGAUUCAAUACCAAUGCGAGCAAGAUUGCGUCGAUUGUGCUGGCUGUGUUUUUCAUCUUUACGCUUUGGUGGGCGAGGAAGAAUUGGAUAACGUGGGUUUUGAUUUUGGGUAUGUCAGGCCUCGUCCUGCUCUUUUGGUUUGUGGGCGGAGGCGUUGCAUUGAGAUACUUCAUCCUCUUCAUUGGUGUCAUGUCGUGCUUGUAUUGCCUAUGGGAUAUCAUCGAUGAUACUGUCGCACGAAAAGUCAACACCUCAGAUGCCUCAGCCUUUGCAGAAAUUUGCGGAUGUUGCCCAGCGCGGGUCUGGGGCGUUAUCUGGCUAAUCCAAGCUUUCAUAUUCUUUGCCCUGGGGGUCAUCGUCGGCCUUGUUGCUUUCAAGGUGACUCCUUUAAUUUUCUGCAUUGUAACCGAUCUGACCUGUGCUGCAAUAGGAAAACGCUGA